UUUCCUAAAUUAAGGUAAUAAAUUAAUAAAUCUUCAAAAAUAAUGCAAUAAAAUCCAAGUGGGCGUCCGUUCCCUUCCUGCCAUUCGUAAAAUUCUGACAUCCGUUGUACCAAAAUUUCACUUUCGGCACUUCCAAAAUGGACUGCAAAACCUGCGGCGCCAACGCCGUGGGGUCGCCCCGCAAGAGCCGCUCCAACGUGACGUGUCCCCCGAACUGCUGCAAGCCGUGCUGCAUCCCGGUGCUCGCCGACGGUAUGCCGAAGAUACUCGUGAACCCGUGCCCGCCGCCGCCGGCGCAGCCCCCUUGCGACUGCUGCCAGGUGUGCGUGCCCGUGGUCACGCCCGCCGCCUGCGAGCCCUGCCGCCCCCGCAAGAAAUGCAAGUACAUCCAGCCGCCGCGGCCCAAAUCGUACGCGCCCGAGCGCAAGUACCUGCCGCCCGCCGCCAAGAUGGACGAGUCCACCAUUUACAGGAAGUCGUACCUGCCGACCGAGGCGGAGCGCGCCGCCCCCGUGUACCCCGAGAACAACCUGUGCGUGGGAGAGGGCAAGAUGUCCGACAACACCGUCCACAAUAUGUCGUACCUUCCGCAUAAGGUGCUCCCGCCGUGCCCGAUCUACCCGUGCGAGCACCGGCUCUUGGGGGAGGGGCCCAUGCAGGAUAUCACCACGCAGAAGCACGACUACGUCCCGAAGCCGUUCUCGCGCCCUGAUGCAAUCCGUCCACAAGUGAAUCUCUUCUCCAGCGAUUGUCCUCUGAGCGACAAGACGGUGAAUCGGUUGUCGUAUAUGCCGGUGGCGCCGGUGCGCGUGGACCCGGUGUACCCGGUGAACGCGAUCGAGAAGCCGACGGGGAAGAUCAGCGACAAGACGAUUCACAAUAUGUCGUACCAGCCGUGGGAGCCGACGGAGCCUAUGGAGACGCCGUGGGCGGAUAAGCCCAAGUACCAGCCGCCUAAGUUGAGGAUGGAGGACAACACGGUGCACAAGAUGAGCUACAUGCCUCCAGGACAGUACGUGGAGUGCGAUGACGACGAUCCGGACUGCGUGGAGUGUCCGGAGCCUCCUUGCGAUCCGCAUUGUAACCCCAAUUACCAGUGUUGUAUGCCAUGUUGUUGUCCGAAGGCGGCGUGCUAGUCCCCGUUUGAGGUGAAAGUGAAAUUUUUGUGCUUGUGACCGAUAGUUUUUAUUUACAACCUAUUGUUAUUUUUUUUUGCUUAUUUUUAUACAAUGAGUACGUAUACUGUAUCGUUAGGUGGUGUUUUAGAGCAGUACUUUUGAAAAUUAAAGUGCGCAUCGUCUGGAUU